GGCGGGCACAAAGGUAUGUGGCAAUCUGCUGUUGCUGGUGGUGGAAGAAGUUGGUAAACAGUGUUGACCUCGAGUGUUGCUGAGUUAAAUGUGGAGUCGGACGUGGACAAGGUUGCGGGGACAAUAGUGUCGAGCAUUAAUUCUGCUGUCGGCAAAGAAGACACCAUGGCUAGUGAUAUGAUUCUUCUAAUGAGGGGCCUUGCCAAACUGAGCAAAGCUGUUAUGGAGACCCAAGCAGGCAACUUGCAAAAUUCUGCUGCAGCAAGAGAAGCUCUGUCUACAGCUAGGAGCAUUCAGGUGACUGCAGAGAAAUUUGGAGAAAUACCAACUGGUGAAGAACUAAGUUUUCAGUAUGAAGUUUCAAGUUCUGUACAUCAAGCAUCAAGAAGUGAAGAAUUCAUUGAAUUUCAUAAAGACACAGAUGCCCAACCAGAGAGAGAUGAAAGUAUGGAAUCUCAAAAAUGUUAUCAAAAUACUUCUAAAGAAAACAACAGAGCAUUUGGAAAAUACAGUGAUGCUAGUAGACAGUCUUUUGAGCAGAAACGGUCAUUUCACCAGGACCAUUCAUCUGUUGGCGGGCUCACAGCAGAGGACAUUAAUAAGGCCAGAGAAGCUAAGACUUCCAGUGACUCUAAGCCUCAUAAACAGAUGCUCAGUGAAAGAGCACGAGAAAGGAAAGUGCCAGUUACUAGAAUUGGAAGACUGGCAAAUUUUGGAGGUCUGGCUGUAGGUCUUGGGAUCGGAGCUCUUGCAGAAGUGGCUAAGAAGAGUCUGCGGUCUGAAGAUCAGAAUGGCAACAAGAAGGCAGUGCUUGAUUCCAGCCCAUUUCUCACAGAAGCUAAUGCAGAAAGGAUUGUACGUACUCUUUGCAAGGUCCGUGGUGCUGCCUUAAAACUUGGACAGAUGCUCAGCAUCCAGGAUGAUGCUUUCAUUAAUCCUCAGCUGGCGAAGAUUUUUGAUCGGGUUCGGCAAAGUGCUGACUUCAUGCCCAUGAAACAAAUGAUGAAAGCUCUAAACAAUGACCUUGGUCCAACCUGGCGUGAAAAAGUAGACUUUUUUGAAGAGCGGCCAUUUGCAGCUGCUUCAAUUGGGCAGGUGCAUCUGGCUAGGCUAAAAGAUGGGAGAGAAGUUGCAAUGAAGAUACAGUAUCCUGGAGUCGCUCAAAGUAUAAACAGUGAUGUAACUAAUCUGAUGACAGUUCUCAGCAUGAGCAAUGCAUUGCCCGAAGGAUUGUUCCCCGAACAUUUAAUUGAGGUUAUGAGCCGUGAGUUGGCACUUGAAUGUGAUUAUGAAAGGGAGGCUGAGUGUGCAAGAAAAUUCAAGGAACUGUUAAAGGACCAUCCCUUCUUCUAUGUUCCAGCAGUCAUUGAUGAGCUCAGCAGCAAGCACGUCCUGACCACUGAACUGGUAUCUGGAUUUCCAUUGGACCAGGCUACUGAUCUUAGCCAAGACCUUCGAAAUGAAAUAUGUGGCAAUAUUUUGAUUCUUUGCUUACGAGAGUUAUUUGAAUUCCGGUUUAUGCAGACUGAUCCCAACUGGUCCAACUUUUUCUAUGAUCCUCAGACCCACAGAGUUGCUCUUCUUGACUUUGGAGCUACAAGAGGAUUUGAUUUGACCUUUACAGAUACCUAUAUAGAGAUAAUAAAAGCAGCAGCAGAUGGCAGCAGGGAAGAUGUUCUAAAGAAAUCAGUUGAUAUGAAGUUUCUCACUGGUUAUGAAUCAAAGGCUAUGGUGAAUGCCCAUGUAGAUGCUAUCAUGAUCCUUGGAGAAGCUUUUACUUCCGAAGAACCAUUUAACUUUGCCUCUCAGACCACCACUCAGCGUAUUCAUAGUCUUAUUCCAGUAAUGUUAAAGGAAAGGUUGUUGCCUCCCCCAGAAGAGACCUACUCACUGCACCGUAAAAUGGGCGGCUCUUUUCUUAUUUGCUCACGGCUCAAAGCCAAAAUCAAGUGCAAGUAUAUGUUUGAGGAGGCUUAUGAAAAGUACUGGUGUGGAAGAAAAGCGUGACCAAGCAAAUGACUAAAACAAAAGAGAAGCUGUUGGCAUGGUGUUGUUGUUGCUUUGCCUUUAUGUGUUUCUUUUUUUUUUAAUAAUUUGAAUGUGCACAGAGAAUAUUUGAUGAAUUUGUUGUAUUUUUCUAACUCUUCUGUAGCCAUUAUCCCACAAAAAUCAAUGCAUAGUAACCAAUGUGUUUUAAAUAUUAAUCAGAUUUUGUCUGUCACGUAUCCUGGCAGGUAAUUGUGCAAAAAUCAGAAGAAAAAAGAGUUUUGUUAAUGGAAUUCAUAAAAUAUAAGUAAUUUAAAAAAAGUUAUAGAUUAACCUUUUUGUUAAAGUUGAAUGUAUAAUGUUUUAAAUCAUUAUAGAUCUGUAUGUUUAAAGUAAAAUUUUCAAGUGUCCAUUUACCAGAUUCUGCAUAUGAUUUUAGAAUAAAAGACUCGACAUUAAAAAGAAGGCUGUGGCUAAUGGUUAGUAAACCAAACAGUUUAUCUGAAAAGAAACAUUGCAAGUUUUACUUGCUGUUUUCUGUUUCGUUAUGAUAAUUACUUUAUAGCCAUCAGGUAAUGGGUCUGUUUUACAUUCCUCCUGCAAGGCGACUUUUUUUGUUAAGGUUUUUCUCUAGAUAUUGUAUUAGAUGUCACAGUUUUUAAUCUAAGAAUGGAAUGUUUGUCAACAAUAGUUUCAAAUAUCUGACACAUGCCUUUUAAAUAACAUAUAAUAAUGGAAAAUGCAAGAAAGAAAGAUGUUCUUCAGCUUUCAUCACCUGCCAUAAUGUUUUUUGUUUUCUAUUUGGCAAUUAGUUUUAUUGAUAAUUUAAAAAAAAAAAACAUUCACUAUCACAAACUAUUUAAAAAAAAUAAACAUCUUUUCAUAAGUCAUUUGACUAAGAAAACGAGUUAGCUUUAUUUUGAGUGUUUGUGUUAAUAUAAUAUGGAUCCCAUAAAGACAUUGCCUGUUUAUUUAAAAUGUAUACCUUUUAUCAGUUUCUUUGAAAUUUUAAGAAGUUUAUAGUUGUGUUUUGUAAUAAAUUCACACUAGUUCUUUGCAAAGCAGCAUCUAAAAACGAAUGGUGAUAAUAUUGGGGGAACGUUCUACUGUAUGUCUUCUUUUAAAAAAGAAGCCUAGAAUAUCUGAGUUUAUAAUUUUUAAUGCCUCCUAUACAAAAGUCAACAUAGGCGGCUGAAUCAGUAUUUUUGAGAAAUUUAAAGUUUUAUAUUUCUUCACCAAUGUCAGACUCCUUUGGGGAAGAAAUGGCUUGCUCAAUUGCAUUAGACCCCACAUUAGAAUCUGCAUCCGUUCUUUCCCCAGUCAUUAAUAAGGCAUUGCAACGCCUUACACCAGUACUGUAUAUUUUGGCCAAGCACACCCUUUAGGAGCGUACCAGGCUACUUGUUGUGUGCAUGUGUCACACCAAAGAAUUUAAUCGGAGUAUUGUCUUUUUAUUACUUUUUGUUUUAAUACAUGAGCUUAGUUACAAUGAAUGUUAUCAUUUGUAACUGUUGCUUCUCUGCUCUGAAUAGGAAUUUAUUCUGAGUCUUUUGUGUUAUCAGCACUAAAGUGAUUAUAAUCAUCCACUAGUAAUUUUACUGAACAGUUUUUUCAAUAGUAGAGUCACAGGAAGUUAGACCUGUCCCAUCAGCAUUAGACCCAAGGCAGUAACCAACUCUGAUUCCUGCUGCCAGCCCAUCACAGGAUACAAAUACUCGCACAUGGGCAAUUUGUAUUCAUCGGCUGACCUAAUCUGCAUAUUGCAAUCUGAAAGUGAACCAGACUAAGACACAGCAAGCAUGUGAGCUCAGUGAAAUCAUGGAAACAUUCAGCAACUUUGCGAAACUUGGGGGGUGAGGGGAGGGUGGAUAUGCAUUGAAAUCAGUGGGGAAGGGGGAAAUGAACUAGUUUUGAGUGGAUUAUAGUGCUGCAGUUGUAUUUUAAGUUUCCUUGAGGGCUAAGAAAGCAUCUGCCAAACUGUGCUGGAUUGAUUAUUGUGGCUAGCAAUGUGAACUGAGCUAUUAGGUAGCAGUGUUAACUACUGUGCCUCAAGCAACAAAACACACCGGAGGAAUGAUACUCGCAAACAAAAUACAGUAAGUUUAAAAAAAAAAAAAAAAAAGACACAAUUUUGUUUAGAGUUUCAUUCUUCGGUACACUGAUUAGCCAUGCCUCUCUGGGUUUUUGAAGGUGCACCCCACUGCUUUCAUAUCUCUUUUGCUUACAAUCUAUCUGUGCAGAUGCUUUACACUUUUUUCUUCCAUCAAAAAGACAGUAAAUAUUAAUGUAUCAUUAUUAUUACUUCACUGUUUUCCAUGUCAGGAAGGGAGAGGGCACCUUUAAGAUUUGUUUUGACUCGACACUGUGCUGCAUGUCUAAUUGUGCAUGCAUUUGGUUUAGCGUGUACAAUUUGCCAUGUGGUGUGAUAGCGAGUGCAUGAGUGCACAGAAAUUGGAGCUACAUAGUUGGUGGUAAUGGUUGAUUUGAGCUAGUACUCUGUACCGAUACUUGAGCAAGAAGGAUAACUUCUUUAAAUCCAGCAGUGAAGACACAACGUAUAAUGAAUCUAUGCAGAACAAGGAUGUAUUUUCAUAAUUUUUUCAUUAUGCUCAGCUAAAAUACCCCUCAAAUGAAAAUACUGGAAGUUGUUUUUUUUUUUUUUUAAAACGCAAGUGGGGUAUAAAUCCAUCUGGAGAACUGAUCAUGUAAUGACAUCAUGAAUGCGUGUAUACACCAUAUAUUUAUUCAUGCACAAAGCAGAUCAGGCAGUGCCAUAAAGUACUUGUGUGAAAGUUCUGCACAUAUGUGAUCAGGUAGUGACAUCCUCAUCCAGCAUGGCUGCUAUAAAGCCUUUAUGAUGUCAAAAGCACCAUAGUCUGUUUUUCUAGUUUUAAGGUCCGCAUAGGAAUGCAAGGCAGAAACAAAGCUAAAUGAGAUAAAUCCCCAUAGAAGACUCAUUCUCACUUUGACAGAAUAAGUCAGUUUAAUACUACUUGUUAACCUACCAUGCAUAUCUAUAAACGUAGUAACUACAGACACAUCUUCAUAUUGCACAAAGCAUUGCAGUAGACCUCUUUAUGAAGCAUAUAAAAUAAAAAUGUAUUUAGUGAUCCACCCAGUUUCUGAGCAUGCUAAUUCAUGGUUGAUGUGAUGAAGUUAUGGAAAUUAAUAAAAGGAAUUAACAUUUGUCUAUAAAAUAAUAAUGAGCAGCAAGGGUCUUUAACUCUUAUCAGUGUGCCUGAACAAUAACUAUAUGCAUAACUACAGUAUACGGUACAUAAAGCACAUUAUCUGAGAUUGACUCUGCCCGUUUCAGUAUCAGGCCAUCCUUUGCAUGAAUUGUGGGAAACUAACCCAGAACGAUCAAAGAAGGCCAGCUUCAGAAUGGCUAACUAAAAGACUUUCACAGAUUUAAGUGCUUAUAGGCUUUAGGAUAGGUUGGGAUACUGGGCUUGUUUACCUGCAGAUGUUAUAUUUUAGAAUAAUUUGCACAUGUGCCUUGAUUCAAACAGAGACCUAGAGGAUAUAACAUGAUUUUGUGUUUUAUUUUUAGUCAUUUUUUAUUAUUGUAAAAAAGAAAAAAAUUUAAGUCAGUAGUUCACAAUCAAUUGCAGAAUUUGGUUUAAAAUAGUUCCUACAGCAAAUUCUUGAUAAAAAUUAUUUCACAGUAUGUUUAUGGCUUUUUCUUCCUUUAUGAAUAAAUCUGUCGUAAAUAAUAUGAGGCAAUUAAAUCUCCAGUGAAGGUUGUUUUCAUGUUUCACUGAAUUAUAUGCAUAAAAAAACAAAUUUCUAUAAAAUUAUUUCAUUUGAGUUUCUUUUGUACAAUACGAUGAGAAUGUUACACACAAUAACAAUUAUUUAGAUACAGUGAAGCACAACAGUAUGUAAUUUAUAAUGUACUCUGCACUAAGCAUGUGUAAGUUAGUUACUUUUAGCGUUUUUUUUAAUAAUCCUAGUGGUGCUGCCGCAGUAUAAUCUGAAAACAAAAAGUGUGUAAUUUAAUUUCUAAAAUGUUACAUUUUUUCCAAAAAUGAAUUUUAUUUGUUGUUAAAUCCAUCAAACUGCAUACAUAAAAAUACUCUUGAUACAGACACUGUUUUAAUAAAUUUAUUGACUUCACAUUCAUUUGAGGUCCCCUUUGCACUCCUGAAAUGAGCUCUUUCUCUUUGUAACCUACUAUCGGAAUAAGUAGGGUUAGGAGAUUAAUCAAGUCUUCAAAUAUUUAGUAGAGAUAAAUGUGAAAUUAAUUUUUAUAUUAAUGUUGCUUUUAUUUCCAUGUGCUAUUUUUAUUUUAAUUUGUUUGUUACUUUUGUCAUUUUCUUGAUUCCUUUUGUCAUUUUCAUGACAUCAUUGUAUCACACUUCAUGCAUUUGUUUUUCAGAAGGGUAUCACCUUUUUGAGCUUCUAUAUUUCAUGAACUCUGUUGUUUCCAGGGUCUGGUUGCUAUGAUGACCCAAGUCUGCUAGGAAUGUGACAUGACCACUUAUAAAUUAGAAUAGUGCUUGAGCAACCAAAAAUAAUGAUUUUGGAACAAAUUCUGUUUUUUACUUUCUUUUGGAUUCUUCUUUUGACCUUCAGUGUAAGAGACCUAAGCAAUGACUCUGAAUACCUUAUGGCCUAAUUCCUCAAUGAAACCGUGGCAUACAGCUUCUGCUACUACUGUGAAAAUUUUCCGGUAGUAUACACCUCUCUUUCCUAUUCAAAGAAUAUAUUUGUUACAUAAGGCAUUUAAAAAAUCUGCUCAAAAUCUGUGCCAGACGGUGUUGGAAAUGGAACUAUUCCAAGAGAAAACAUAAGAUUACAGGAAAAAUUAAUUGACUCGCUGACAUAAGGCGUUUUUUACACAGAACUACAAGUUCUGAUGUAGCCCAAGUUCCCAUAUAACACUGCAUGUGGCAUAAAGUUCUACAACAUGAUGUAAUCUCUGCAUAAUGUGACUAAAAAAGAUAAUCAUAACAUACAUUUUUAUCUGCAGUUUUUAAUAAAAAGAAGGUGCACGUCUAAGUAAUUUCAGUGAUAAGUGACAAAAUCACGAGGAGUGAUAAAGGACUUUAUUAAUUUCUUGGAGCUACACAUAAGAAUUGUUUUUAUCUGCUCCAGUAAACAAUGUAUUCUUGUUUAUGUUCCUAACAUUUUGCGUUUUAUUAGAAUUAGGUUUACAAGUGUUUUGAGAGACAGGCAAACUACCCUAGGAAGAAAUCAGGUUUUUUUUUUUUUAAUUAUAAUUUUCUAGAGUUUUUAAAGCUUUGUGUUCUUUCUGUAAUGUACUUUUGCAUGUGUGCGUUUCAUUGUUUUUGAAAUCACCAGGAAGGUUCUUGCUAUACUAAAUUGCAGAAGCACAUGACUUUGAUAGUCGCCUUGUCUCAUUUUAAUCCAACCUUGUUCUGUGAUAUGAAUAUAAAUGGUGGUGCCACAUUACAGUUAAAGCUAAGUUAAAGAUCUGUCUUUUUAAAUUUGAUAGCAUCACCGAUUUCAAUAAAGCAGUGAUUUUCCAGAACUUUAAUCACAUUUGGAAAAUACAGGGUAUCUACAGAAAGCAGAUAAUUGUCAUAUAUAUAUAUAUAUAUAAUGUAUGUGUGUGUGUGUGUGUGUGUAUAUAAUAUUUGAGUGUACUGUCACUGCAAAAUCCUUAAAUCAUGUUAAACACUAUUUCUAUUAGCAAUGAAAGUGAAUCAAAGAAAAUUAUUUGUUUAUGUCUGACAUGUUCACUUAACAUUCUUAAAUCUUUGUGAUCCAAUAGGGCAUUGCAUUGGUCCAGAACUUGUCCCUGCAGUAUCCGGUGAAAGGCAUUGUGUAAUCACUUAGAUGUCAUCUAUUUAUUAUCUUGUAAGCUUUAAUUAUAAGGCAUAACAUUAUAAUGACAAUCUCAAACCUUGAAACAUAAUUUUUAUGUUUGUUGGGUUGGCCUGUGGGUGUUCUAAAGGUCCUUUAAAUUCAUAACCCUGAUUUUCUAUGACUAAAAUGAGUUCUGAUAAAGUCAUAAUAACAAUGUAAUUAUACAAAUUGUAAAAUAUGCUGUUCAUGUAAUAUUCAGUCUUGUGUGAUGUGUGGUGUUUAUACGAGGCCAGUGCUUCUCAGGUUCCAUCCUGAGGCCCUUCCAUUGUAGCUGCAAUGUUUCCCUCCAACUGGUUUCACAAUCACUGGGUCACUUUAUCUCUAAUUGAACGCUUUGUUUACCUGCCAUUUUCUUCUUCUCAUAUUUUGUCAUCAAACAUAGCACAGUAGCGCAAACGUUUAUAAAAAAUUUAGAGAUGUUUGUGUUUUUUCUCUUACUUGAAGUGUUUAACUCUCUUGACUUUUUCUUAUUAAUUAAUCUUGGAGUUUGCUCUUUAAAUCGUAUCCUAAUAAUGAUGAUUAACAACAAGCAGAGCAAACACAGGGUAAAUGACACUGAAUACUAAUAGGUAGCAGUUACUUCAGUGUCAGAUCCAUUAGUGAGCGCAUUAGUAAAUAUGUUGUUAAAUAGGCAGGACAUUACAGAUACAGCUAAGAUUCUUUAAUGAUCUUUUGUGUGUGUGCAAAAGUGGAAUGAAAGCAAUGAUUAUGAGUGGAAAAAUCUUCAAAACCAAUUUUAAAAGGUUAAAUUAAAGUAAUGCAAAAUACAUUAAUUCUUCUUAAAUUCCAAUAUAAACUUUUGCAAAUCUGGUGGUGUAAUUUUUCCAGUUGUCAACAAAACAUAGAAGCUAGUAAAUAACUGCUCUCUUUGAUAAAGAUAAAAGUGUACUAAAAAAAGCAGAGAAUCUGUUUGGGAUGAUAACCUGCAGCCACAGUGGGCUUUCAGAGUUCAACUUGAGAUUCACUGCACCAAGAGGCAGACGUAUGUGUAAAAUUAACUUUACACCAUGACAGUAGGGCUGUUGUAGCUGACAGCCAUCACUGGAGACAAAAGUUUAAAUAGCAUGUUUAGAAUUGGCAGGCCAUCUGUGUGUGCAUUACGUGUGGUGUGCUUUCACUUUGAAUUUGUCAUGCCGCAAGUUAUUCCAUCUAAUCUCAACUCAGCUACUAGCAGGAGGUCCUGUAUAUUUCUUCUAGAUGAGUUAUUCUAACAUGCACAGUACACAGUAGGAUUUGUGAAAAUGACAGUAUUCAAACAGAACUUGAUAUGUUCUGAUUUUUUUCCCCAUAGCUUUCUCAAUUUUUACCAUGGAAAAACAACUGCAAUGCCUCUGGUUUUUAUUUUUUUAAAUAAGGAAUGUUUGACAGCCUUGUGGCGAAAAAAUAGAGAAUUUUCUAUAGGGAUCAACUAUAAACGAUGACAUGCUUAAGAUACACCCACACUGCACUCUAAUCCACUACUUAUGCUUCAUUUUAUGUUACCACUUGUCACAUUUCUUAGCUAUGUAGUCUUGUUUCUUUAUAUCCUCUUUAAAGGGAACAUUUUAAAAGUAUUCUUGAAACCUUACCUAAGGAUGUGCACAUUCUGUUGGUUAAUUUGAUGGGUUUUUUUUGAGCUUAUUGAAUUUGAGUAAUAAACAGAGAAAAAAAAUUAAGAUUUAUUUUUUUAAUUGCAUUACGUCUGUGGUGGCAUUUAUGAAGUUUUGUAAAAUUAAUAUAAAAUAAAGUCAGUGCCUUUGACUCUGA